CACGCGAGGAUCACUGACGGUCGUCUCUUUUCCUAUCUCCUUGAGAAAUUGCAUUUGCAUUUUGUUGGACGAGUAAAAAACAAACAAGUUUUAUUUCUUCCCACUGGUACAACAGAAGAAAGGGAAAAGGGCCAGCCAGAUUUUGCAUAACCGUUUGAUCUUGGAGUUUUGUUUACACUAGAGACACAUCCGCUCUAGACCUGUCAUAAAUUAGGUGUUGACACUGAGAAAGGGAGGGCUGCGAAACGUGUGGACUGUUUAUCUUCCUCUUUCUUUUACUCGGCUCGCCCAAGUGGAAGGAACCGCAUCGACGACAAAGACGACAACAACAAGCUCAGGUGUCGUCCCUCCCCUCUCCCUCCUUUUUCAUUUCUCCGUUUCAGCUGCAGUCGACAUUCGAUGAAUACAAAAUGAAGGUUUGGCUACCACUUCAAUCGACAUUUGUCACGGCCCUUGUAGGCCUAGUCAAGCUCGCCGUUGCUGCCUCCGUGCUGACUCAGCCGCCAUCAGCUUCUUCGACUCCGAUUUCCAACUCGACUUCGACGUGGAAGGUCGUUUGGCCGAGGGCCGUCAUCUUGGGAUCGACGACGGUCAUGUGGAUCGAUCUGGAAGGAUUGGAACAAAUGACCAACGUCACCAUCCGGCUGGCUGAUUCCAAACGCACUUACGACGAGAAGACGCUGACGCUUCAUUACGGCCAGGCAAUGAGUCCCGUAGAGCUGACCAUCCCACCUACUUACGACGGCCAGCUGACCGUCCGACUCAACUGCGCAGGCCGUCCAGGAAAUGGCAGCGGAAAUGAAAGCAAAAGCAGCGGCAACAUCGGAUGCCAAAGUGAAGAGUUCCCCGUCCAUCCAUUAGAGGCCAUUCAAUCUCUCAGCUUGCGCCUGGAACGGACCGUUUAUCAUCCAGAUGAUGUCGUGUCGAUCUGGUUGGCUUGUUUGGAUCAGCACGGUCAGAUCAUGGCUGCAUCGGAUCCUGAACGUGGGCCGUCCAGGACGGAGCAGGUUGCUAUGCAUGACGUCGCAUCAUCCGUCCAGGUGGCUGCCCACGAUCCCAACAAUAUCAUCGUCCAUUAUUGGAGUGUCUCGCUCGUCGGUUCCGGUCUCAAGAACCUGCUAUUCCAGUUGAGCGACCUGCCACAGCAGACGGGAAUGUGGACGAUCCGGGCCACUGCCGGCGGUUUGACGGCAGCUCAAAGCUUCCGUUUAGUCGAAGUUGGCCGCCAGCAUCAAAGCAAAAGCGAACCGGUUAAGAAUGUCAAUCAAAGGGAAGACAGGGUGGAAGAUACUUCAGCGAUGGUAGAGUCGCACUUUGUCGAACUGGAAUUCAGUCCGCGAACGGCAUCGACAAUCGAGCAAGGCGCCCCAUUCGCUGGAGAGUUGAUUGCUGGAACGUCAGAAAGAGGCAUCACAGUUGGAUUGGACGUACUGGAUCAGCAUGGAGCGUCCGUCCAUCAUCAAACGAUCCAUUUCGACCGUACGACAUCAACGAUGAUCUUCACCGUUCCGGCCCUCUCCAAUCUCACGAGCAAUGCUACUUUACAAGGCACUCUGAAAUCGAUCGAAGGACAACCGCUGGAUAGCCAAUUCGUCUUGGCAAGCCAUUCUUUAGGUGUCAGCAUUUGGCCGGCGUCGAGCGACAACUGCAAUGUCCAGCUCUUUAGCCAAACUGGCAAAUAUCGAUUCACGGAAGGUGAAACGUUGCAUUUGAGCAUUUAUUCCGGAUGCAAAUUGGUGGGAAAUCGCAUCAACUAUGCCGUUAUGUCCCAAUCGUCCGGUCAUGUCAUCUCGUGGGGGCAGGAAUACUUGGUGGCAAGGACUACGAUCCUUCCGGAUGGAAACAACAGCGACGAUCAGCCGAAAUGGGCAACCGAACUGAACCUGAGCAUCCCGGUUAUCUACGAGAUGAUCCCGCGUGCCAUCGUGACCGUCUUUUUCUCACACGAAGGCCAGCAUUUGGCUUCCAGCUCUUUGGACAUUGAAGUGUAUAAUCACGUCGAAAGCAAGGUGACGGUUACGAGCGUCCGAGCCAAUAAAGUACGAGUUAACAUGACGCUCAAAGCGGGAUCGUAUCACUGCCUUUACGGCUCUUGGGCAGAAAAGGCUGGAACGAUGAACUCGGCCGAAUCGCCAAAGUUGCUCGCACCGUCCAUAGAGACGGACAGAUUUCUCCGGCUGUUGCCAAAGUUCCAAACGCCACCGACUCAGUGGCUUCUCUUUGGCCAGUCGAGCGAACUCUGGUUCGUCCAGUGCUACGAUCCGAGCGAAUCUACUACGAAAGAAUUGGAUUUAGUUGUAGCCAAUGGAGUCGAUCCGCAGCUGACGCUCUUGACGGUCGAUCAGAACGGCCGAGUGCGCCAAUCGAAUCCCGUCGCGAUCCCGAUCAAGCCAAUCGACUGGACCAUCGAUUUCCAACUGCCUGAAAGGGUUCGUGUCGGGGAAGAAGUGGUGGUCGAUGUGGCACUCACCAAUCGUUUCAACAACUGUUCUCAAACUCAACUGCAAAUGGCUCUGACGGGCGGCGCCGUCUUCGUGGCCAACGGCAAGAAGUAUUUGCAGCAGCCGGCCUGUCUCGCUCCCAAAUCGACGGCCGUCUACCGUGUCGGAAUCCUCGUCAACGAGCCCGGACCACUCGUCACGCUCACAGUUCAGCUCAAGGGUUCGAUUUCGGGUUCAUGUUGCGCUCCGAGUGAAGUCAUUAACCUCGACGUUCAUCUAGAACAAAUGGAGACGUUGCCCGUCUCCAAAUCUGUCCCCGUUUCGGUCACUGAGUUCCAGCACACUCAGUCUGACAGUUAUCUGUUCUGUCUAGAAGAAAACGUAUUUACAUCGAAUGCAUCGUCAUUCAAGUACGAAGUAUUGCCGCUUGGAAGUCACGUUAAAACGAUCGUGUUCCAGGCCUCAGCGCCAGCCGAUCUGAGGGUGGCCCUUGCGAGUUCUCCAAGGUUCGAUGAUGAUGAAGCAACUUCGUAUUAUCUCGUCAUUGGCGGGGAGGAUAACAUGUAUUCAUGGAUAUCCAAACAGAUGAACGGUUUGUCCGAGAUCAAGAGCAAAAUUGCCACUCCGAAAAUCUUGCGACAGGAUCGCUUGCAGACAUUCUGGAUUAGUUGGGAUCAAAUCAAAUUAGGAAGGAAGAAAAGGAAUAAGCCAUCCGUAUCGAUUAGCGAUCAAAAUCGUUGGCUGUUAUCGUUUGGCAAAGGAUCACAUAUUGGUGCUCGGCCGUUAGCUUCGAUCCCACUUGAGGUCGAUGACACUCCAUUCCGAUAUGUUGGAUUUUCAACCAGCUGGGGAUUUCAAGGAUUCUUCAGAAUAUGGGGCACAGACGGAGGACUUGACCAAACUACGCGAACUCUUAACGUACCCAAACCAGGUGUGGGUUACGUAAACGCCGAACGUGCUGAAAUCACAGUUAAAGGCGGAAUAGCUUCGAGUCUUGAUGAUAUAUGGAGUACCGCGGGAUUGAUGGAUCCGACUAGUCUUGUCACCGUGCUGGAACGCUUCCAUCACGGCCAGUUUGCCAAGAAAUCGAAUGGGAAGGAAAAUACCAGCUGGAACGGAAUCUUGCAGAAUAUUUUGAGUUUCCGGCUAGCCGAUGGAUCGUUCCAUGACGCGGACGGUUCCUCCGAUCUCAGAUUGACGGCGUUGACUGUUCACGCACUGUCGUCCAUCACGCUGCAGAGGUAUUCCGAUCCAGGAUUGCUCAAGUCCGCUUUGACGUGGAUGCACGGCCAGCAAAACGAAGACGGAAGUUUUGCUGACGGUUCAAACGCUACCGUGAGCGAAAGAAUUGAAACCACGUCUUUCAUCCUGACGUGUCUAUCCGAUGUCCAACACGACGACAUCGUGUUAUUUCAAGUGAGUUCAGCUGCUCAACGAUUCUUGGAACGCGAGUUAGCUGUCAAUCACGAGAUGAAGACAAUCGUUCCAAUGGCCACAGCCAUCCUACUGUCACAUUCUUCCUCUUGGCCUGAGACUCUAGUUAAGCUGGACAGCGUCUACGAUCAGCUGAUGGCUUGCUACUCGACCGACCGCCGAGAAUGUUUGAACGAGAUGACGUACGCCCUGACAGCUUAUUCACACCAGAAUAAAGCAGGCAAAAUCCUGGAAAUUGCCAGGAAUUUGGUAUCCGCACCGUGGAACGCUCUCCAUCCGCUGGAUAAACUUAGAACGAUGAAAGCUUGGAGCAAGUAUAGUGAGGUGCUCAAUGAUCCAGUUCGCAACCUCAAUAUGCGGCUGAGAUUCCAGAGCGGCGAAGCUCCCAUCGUGCCGCCUCAUCAUUUGCAUAAUGAAACCAUGACUAACGUUUCGUUACCUGUAACGCUGGAUUACGACGAAGAGACUGUGACGUCCGUGACAAACGACAACGACACGCAUUCAGAGUCCCAAGAGGAGCAGCAAAACGUGCGGAUGCAUACACCACCGCUAACCUACGACAUUCCAAGUCUUCCGCAGAACGUUGAAGUGACCAUGUCCGGCACGGGAUGUGCCAUUCUUCAGACCAAAGUCUGCUGGAAAACGCUGGAACCACCGGUUCCUGAAGCUUCUUCCGUUUCCAUGUUCGCCUCUGUUGAAGGCACCGAUGACAACGAAGAGCCACCAAUGACACUAAAUGUCACCGUUUGUGUCCAUUGGAAUGACACUGUUCCGGCUGAUUUGAGGGUCCGCUUGGAAAUGUUUUCAUCUUAUUUAGUGUCCUCGGUGGACGUAGAAGAGCGUUCAGCUGGAGCCCAAUACAAAAUAUUGCCAAAUGGCGAUGUGGUCAUCGAUAUUGCCAAGAUCAAAUCCAAUUGCGGGCGGUGCUUCCGGUUAAGAGCUGGAAGGGUGGGGCUGGUGAAGAAUAUACAUCCUGGAAGGAUCGAUGUCCUGGAUAAAAAUCAUCCGCAAAUCCAUCAAAGUUGGCUUUUAAAUGGGCCUAGUAACGCGUCGGUGUGGGCCCCUUCGAAAUCGGUGGCCAACAGCUCAGAUAAUUGGCUUCCAGGGAGGCCUCAAACUUGCGACUAAACUGAAAUCAAUCGGAAGAACUUUGGGUCUUUUUUAAAUAUUACUUCUUCUCGCUUAUUCUUGUUACUUUUCUUGUGUCAUGUUCUUUGAAUCAUUCAAAUGAAAAAAAGUUCAACAACAAAAAAAUAUGGUUGUUUCAUUGUGCAUCUUUUCUGAAAGGAAAUGAAUCGAUACAUUUCUUUAUUGUAAUGAAAUAAUAUCUUAACUACAGAAUGUUCUCAUCACAUUUCAAGAAAAAAAAAUACAUAGGUUCAUGAGAAGGACUGUUAACAAACAUUAA